CUGUGUGGCUGAACCCGACACACUCCAGUUUCCUCUCUGCUGUAUGAUAUAAGAAGAAGAAGAAGAAGAAGGACGGGCAGCAAAAACAGUACAGCAAUCACACACACCCCAUACUGGCACCACAACUGCAUGCCUGAAGAUGACCCUCAAUUCCAUCUGGAGCUUUUUUUGCUUUCUGACAGCAGUAUGUGCAGUAACGGAGUACCGCCCGAGCAUCAACAGCUCCGUGACCCUGAGCUGCAGCUGUCCGGACCAUCAGUGUCAGAAGGCGUACUGGUACCGUUUACUUCAGGACAAAGACACACCCGAGUUCGUCGUGUCCCUCAACAAUUUGAACCAUGCAAACUACGCUACAUACAUUAACAAAAUACGCUUCAAGACAGCCGCCUUUGAAUCAGCAAAGGUCUUGUACACACUGCGCAUCACUAGCGUGCAGAAGGAGGAUGCAGGUUUCUACUCGUGCUUCCUCAAAAGUAUGAACUCGGCGCAGGAGCCCAAAGAUUUGCUGCCUGAAGGAUAUUCAGUCCGACCCGGAGAAAUCAUAACCACUGUGGCACCAACAACAGUGAAAAAGCAAAAGAAGCCGAACAUCUGCAGGUCCAACAAUCAGUCUCUGAAAGGCUGCAAGUCUCUGGUACUGUGGUCAGGCAUUGGUGCUGUCCUGCUUCUGGUGGUGGUCUUGAUCUCAACGCUGUAUUACUUUAGCAGACUACCCAAGAAGUGCCGACAUCGCUUUACUAGAAAGCAGCAGCUGAGAUGAAACGGGACGAGCAGCUCGUCUUGUUUCGACGCCGUGUGUCUGGGAUGGAGCUCAUCACCCCGUUGUGGCGCUCUGUUGUCUUCCUGUAAAUGAAUCAUCUGUACAAAGAAACAUAUUUUUCUUUUCUUUUCUUUUUAAGAGACCAUGAUUAAGAGAUUAUUGAUCAGGGUCAUAGUUCUGUUUCUCUCCAUGUUCUCUGAUGGCCUGCUUAUACUUGUAGUUAUUUAUUCCUCGAGCAAGAUGCUUUCAUUCGAAACGACCGACAGGUUACGUUCCAGUCAUCGAGUCAUGCAGGUGAAGGUUUUGGGUAGUUCUUCGGUAACGGAAUUACAUUCGCAGCAAAAUGUGGUAACUUUUUUUAGUCGCGGUACUCGAGAUAAUGGUGUUAAAUAAAAAUUUCACACUGUA